AUGACGUCCUUGAGAGCGAGUACUGAGAGAGGUGAGGAACCACCGUCAGCGGAAGAAAUAGAUAACCUGCGGAGAAGUAAAAGGAAACUGCGCAGUGAAGAUGGACAAGAAAACGCGUUCCAAGCACAGAGAGUCAUGGAAGCCGCAUCCCCAAACGAGAAAAAAAAGAUUCCAGAGGAACCCCAACCGAAGCGGUCAUAUGUUAGCAUGGUGAAAGGCCCAGACUUUAUCUACGAAUCUGAUUCAGAAGAUGAAGAAGAGAACAUGGAGGAAGAGGAGGACUCGGAGGUAGAAUCUGAGUUCGAAUAUUCUGACAGAGAAGAGGAGGUCCCGGGAAGCGAAGAGUGGAAGGCGAGGCGCGAACUACCAAAGCGGAAAAUUGUAUGGGACGAAGAGGGGUGCCCUAACCUGAUUCUCAACAGAGCAGAGCAACAUAGACUGAACAAAAUGUGGGAGCAUACCCUAAUUAUAAAGUUUCUGGGAAGGAGAACAGGGUAUGGUGUUUUGAAGAAAAGAUUGGAGAGCAUGUGGAUUAAGGAGGGGAUGCUGACACUCAUUGAUGUUGGUAAUGAGUUUUUCCUGGUUCGGUUCACAGAGCUAGAAGACUACAACUGGGCACUGAAAGGAGGGCCAUGGCUAAUAUUCGAUCACUACCUAGCAGUCCAAAGAUGGAGGCCGGAUUUCAACCCAAGCAUGGAACAACUUACCAAAAUAGCUGCAUGGAUUAGGAUCCCGGAUCUUCCGAUUGAAUACUACGAUAAAUAUGUGAUGAGAACCAUUGGUAAUGUGAUUGGUAAGACGCUAAAAACAAAUAACAUUUUUUAUCUCACAUAG